UAUUUGUUGUCAGUCGUUCUACUUGUCAAAACUACACAAAAUUCAAAUGUUGUCAUGUCUUAAUUUUAUUUCAUCUUUCACUCAAUGAUUGUUUAAACUGUGAUGAAUCACAAAGCUUUCUUAGAUUCGAUGAGAGUUAAUUUAGUUAAGCUCUAAAUAUAGAAAACAUGUGUGAUUUUAAUUGAAAAAGUAAAUUUUUCAUUCAUAACCUCGAUUUCAUAGUAUCAUUAUUGUGCCUUUUUUCGUUUUCAUGAAGUAAUAAAAUUCUCUGUAUAAAUAAAAUGACCGUAACAUAUACAGCAGAAGUUGCUACAGUGAGAGGGCUCGGAUGUUUCUUACAAUUAUUGAAGAGAUGGAAGGGAAGUAUUUACAAAUUAGUAUGGAUGGACCUAGCAGUAUAUUUAACUCUUUAUUAUUGCCUUAACGGCUUGUACAGAUUUGUUUUGGACGAGGAUGGCAAGGAAUUAUUCCAAGCUAUAGUACAAUAUUGCAAAAUAUAUAUUGAUCUUAUACCGUUGUCUUUUGUAUUAGGUUUUUAUGUAUCAAUUGUUAUGACUAGAUGGUGGGGACAGUAUACUACUAUUCCUUUUCCUGACAAUUUAGCAGUAUAUGUUAGUACAACAGUUCAUGGUCAGGAUGAAAGAGGUAGGGUGAUGAGACGAACCAUAAUGAGAUAUGUUUGUACUUGCAUCACAAUGACCUUUACCAUGAUUUCACCAAAAGUAAAAAAAAGAUUUCCUACUUUGGAUUAUUUUAUUGAUGCAGGUCUACUUCAGCAGAAUGAAAAAGAAAUCAUAGAGGAUUUGAAUAAAAAAUCACCCGCCUACUCAAAACAAUGGUUACCAAUUGUUUGGGCUGCAAGUAUUAUAACAAGAGCUAGAAAAGAAGGUAGGAUAAGGGAUGAUUUUGCAGUUAAGACAAUCAUUGAUGAAUUGAAUAAGAUUCGAGGACAGUGUGGAAUGUUGCUCAAUUAUGACCAUAUAAGUGUACCUCUUGUAUAUACUCAGGUAGUAACAAUAGCUGUAUAUAGUUACUUUUUAACUACUCUAAUGGGUCACCAAUGGAUUGACGACGGUAAUAAUUACACAUUUGAUGUAUAUAUGCCAAUUUUCACACUUCUGCAGUUUUUCUUUUAUAUGGGUUGGUUGAAAGUAGCAGAAUCUCUGAUAAACCCUUUCGGGGAAGAUGAUGAUGACUUUGAAGUCAACUGGAUGGUAGAUAGAAACAUGCAAGUUUCCUAUCUAAUAGUAGAUGAAAUGCACCAUGAGCACCCCCAACUUUUGAAGGAUCAAUACUGGGAUCAAAUGGCCCCAGUAGAAUUACCUUACACUGCUAACACCAUAAGGGAGACUCAUCCUUUGCCUUCUACGGCUAACAUAGCCACUAAAGUGGACACGAUAGAUUUGACACCUUCUUCCAUAAAAAUUGACGAUUUUCAGAGUAACGACAUGAAUUCAGGCCCAAUCACAUUUACAGCUACUGGGAACAGAAAUUUUUCAUCUUCUAUGAGAUCUAGGGGUGGCUCCUUUUCCACCUCUGUACCAGAUGGAAGUAUGACAAGAGUAAACUCUGUAAGUAGUAUGCUGAAGAGGUUUUUCAGUAGAGAUGAGAGUAAACCUGACAAUAGACCUGAUAGUCGAAUGGGAUCUACUCAAGAAUUAAUCAAUCUUACUCAAAAGCCAAAACCCAAAUUGGCACCAGAUGUUAUUGAGGAGGUGGAUGAACAACUUACGAUUACUUCUCAAAGGAGUGUCAAAGAAUCUCGUCCAAGUGUAAUUGGACAUUUUUCUUCACCUUCCGACCCUAUUGAUAUACCUUCAUCCUACAGGAGUGGUGAAACAAGGGGAAGUCAAUCACCACUUUCGAAAUCUGCACCGGUGGCUGGCGAAGAAGACGAGCAUGACCAUAUAAGUAUUGGUGGAUCAGAAACUGAUCCAUCAGAUAACGACGACGAAUUUGUUAAACUCAAGAAGAAACGUAGUGAAGAGCGAAUCAAUAGGUUAGAAAUGUUUGCUCGUUUCUUUAAGAAGCUUAGUUGAAGCAGAUUGAAACUUAAUCUUGCCAGGUCAGUGAGUGUAUGUGGACAAGGAGAAAGUGAUAUUCUCCUUUAUCCAACAUCACCGGAUACUCCAGUCUCUUCGCUUAACAUUUGAAGGUUUAUGGUUGAUAGUAAAGAUUGAUUUUUCUUCAAGAUUGUAGAAUUUUGAUGGAAUAAUUUUUUUGGUUUUUCCGCCCUGAAGCAGACUAAAUCAUUUUUCUUUCUAAUGGUAUUCAAUUUAUUGAUUGUCUACUUCAUUGGAAAUAUGGAUUUUUUUUCUCCAUCCUGACACCUAUCCAAAGAUUCUUCAAUGAUAUUUCAAUGGAUUUAUUUUGAUCAUUAGCUUCAAGAUAGCUAAUAUAUUUUUUUUGUUUUUAUUUUAGUUGAAUAAUCAAUAGUGCCUUCAUUAAAAGUAUUUUGCGAUCUUGAGAAGAAUAAUUUUAAGAAAUUCCGGAGGUUGAAAUAUUAAUAAUAAUAAAAGAUGAUGAAUAUGUAAUUAAAUCUUUGUCGUUUAUAGGUUACCACUGAUAUGAUUCCAGUUAUUUUUAUUGAAAUUACCACUUUUUUCAACAAAAAUUAGUUUAAUCCAAUUGGUUAUGCUUCUUCCAAUAUAUUAGCUAGUAGUUAGAAAUUGAUUUGAUGGUAUUCACUUGUAUUUAAAUGCGAAUAAUUUUCUUUUUCGAACCAUCUUAACAAGAAGUACAAUUUUACAACUUAUUUAUAUAUUUAUUAAUUGGAUAGUUUGUCAUUUAUACUAAUAUUACCACUGAAAACCCUCUUGAGUUUACAAAAUAAUCUCUUCGUGUUAAUUUGAAAAAUAUUCUACUUAUUGAACAAUAGAUAUAAUAUUUUAUGUAUACAUUACCAUUAUUAUAUAAGUUUUGUAAUUGUAUUUUCAUAAAUUAAACGUAAAUUGAAUUUAAUUCUGCAGUAUUUUGAAAAAUUGUUGAAAUGUCAAUUAUGAUCAAUUGAAAAUAUUUCUGUUUAUUUUCAUUCAAGUCUUCAAUUAAUUCUAAUUUCAGUUGUGAUAUAUUGCUAUUUUUAUUAUAGCCUAAUCUAAUCAAAAUAAAAUAUAACAUAGACAUAUUAAUUCCAUAAGUUUAUGAUUAUAUGUUUAUUUCACACUUUUUUUUUAUUAUUUUAUUUAGCCAGUUAAACAUUUUUCUUAAUUUUUGAAUUUAAGAAGAUUUAGCAUAUACUUAUUUUUGAAGAAAGUUCAUUUUAUGAUAAUACAAAACUUCUAACAUAUCUGACAAUAAAAAUAAUAAGGUUAUAAUUGAUUUGAAAUCAUGCACGAAAUGAAUUAUGUAUUAUUCUAUUUUAACAAAUGAUUUAUUCAAUUCUCAUGAUAUAAUUAAGCAAUAACUACUUUUUAGAUUCAUUGCAAUAUCUUUUCAAUAUUUGAAUUCCAUAAACAACAUUAUUUCAAUAUAUGGUGCUUUUUUAUUAUUAUUAUUAAACAAUAAUAGAAUAGUUUCAUUUCAGUUGAUAAUGAUUUAUGAUAUUUAUUUUAAAAGACAAUAAAUUGUACAUGUUCAGUGCCAUUAAACUUACUUUUUCCUAGUAAUUCAAAAAUUAAGGGUUCAAGAGAAUAGCAUUAUAAAAAAGUACAAAGUUGACAGUAUUGUAGAUUAUAAUCCAGAAGUAAUUUUUUUGAUCUCACAAGCAUUGAUAACAUAAUAAAUCUUCAUUACUUCUGAAAUAAUGCUCUAAAUAUUAGUUACUAUCAAACUGUCUAUGAAAUUGUAAGUUUCAUGGUAUUAUAUCUUCAAUUAAUAUUAGUAAAACUAGAUUUAAUUUCAUUGCAAUGUGUGAUAUUUUUACAAGUAGUUUUACUCAAAUUUGAGCUAAUAAACUGUUCUAUAAUGAAGAAAAAUUUUAUUUUCCAAAUUGUUGAGCAUAAGACACCUUUUUUUAAAUCAUGUC